AUGCACGGGGUCAACAACCCUCCUCUUUUUAUAAAAGACAUUAAGGCCGGACUGAAAAACUUAAAUGUCAUCUUUAUUGUCCUGGAGAUAGAACGAGUGACCAAAACUAAAGACGGCCAUGAAGUGAGAUCCUGCAAAGUAGCUGAUAGAACGGGAAGCAUCACUAUUUCUGUGUGGGAUGAGAUCGGAGGGCUCAUACAGACAGGGGAUAUUAUUCAGUUGACCAGAGGAUAUGCAUCAAUGUGGAAAGGAUGCCUGACACUUUAUACUGGAAGAGGUGGUAAACUUCAAAAACUUGGAGAAUUUUGUAUGGUGUAUUCAGAAGUGCCAAAUUUCAGUGAGCCAAACCCAGAUUAUAGAGGACAGCAGAACAAAGGGAUACAAAGUGAGCAGAAGGAUAAAAUGAGCACCAGUACAUUUGGACCAACGGGAAAUGGUGUUCAGACCAACCCUGAAUCUAGGGGAUAUCAUCUUCCAUAUGGUAGAAGCAAUGGCCCAGGACCCAUCAGUCCACAGCUACCAGGAGCAUCUAGUAGUCAAACAGUCAGACCCACAAUAAGUAAUGCCAGAGAUCCGAGAAGAGCCUUUAGAAGAUGA